CUUUUUAUAAUGAUGACGUGCGUGACGUGUGACGCGAGAGUUUACGUACACAUGCACUCGGUCUCGGAAAUGAUUGGAAUGUGUGCUUUUGGAGGGAUGAGAGUCGUGUAAAACCAAGGAUAAACAUCAGAUUAAUUUGGGGCGUUUGUGACUUCAUUUGCGUAGACGAAAAUACAUCGAUUCGAAUGCUUUUUUGAUGUUCGCGGGCCGAAUAUGAUAGUUUAGGAUCCGCGGGUUUUCGAGAGAAAUGAGCGACAGCGCUGCAGAAGCUGGCCCGUCUACCUCGGGUGGGCGAAUGUUCAUGCAUGCCCCUCCGCCGGUGAUUAACAUCAUCGCUCCGACAGACUCACCGAGCAUGAACAACAACAUAGAACCGGGCCCAUCGGGGGACCAUCACAAUCAACAUCGACCUCUUUCCUCGGGAGAUGUUUUAAACAACUCACAUGCAGCAACACAGGAUGAACUUCCACACGAUUUUCAAUGUGACUUUGGGUUUUUGCUGAGGGAUAAAGUCAGUCUUUCAACUCUUCAGGUGCAACAACCAAUUGAACUAGAUUACGCUGAUAUUCCAAAUAACACUGAACUUACAAACUUCAUUGGAAAGACCAAAAAGAGACGUUUGUAUUGCAGAAGAGGAGCAGUAGUCUUACAACAGUCUCCAGUCGGGAGAUUUUACCAAGCUGAAAGAAAAUUAAGACUGGCAGCUCAGCAAGGGGAUUACAGGGAAGUUUUGAAGCUGUUGGAUGAGGGCAUCAAUCCUAACAGAGGGGACGACAAAGGCAGGACGGCUCUUCACUUUGCAAUCACAAAGGGCUUCCGAGAAAUAGUGCAAUUACUCCUGGACAGAGGGGCAGACGUAAACCAGAAAGAUGGCAUAGGCAAUACUCCAUUACAUUUAGCUGCAAUAGGUAGUCACAUCUCCAUGGUGACUACGCUCCUAGAAGCUGGGGCUAACGUGCAGGUCCUGGACCGGGGCGGUCACACCCCAUUCCACCUGGCACUGAGCCGCCUGCAGCACCUCCGAUCCAACUCCUCCAUCCAAGGGAUACACUUCAGGGAAGAGAUCCUCACGAUCAUGGGAAUGCUAAGAGUGUACGUCUCGUGUCGAGGCCAACAGGAAAAUGCCAUGCAGUUAGAACAAAUGUCCGUCAAGUUAAGAGAGACAGAAAAGAAAGAAGAGGUUGGUAUCGAUACAGCAUGUAUAUCAUGUGUGGAUAUACUUCAAGACAUGUUGGAGGGAUUCACUAAAAUGAACCUCACAAAGCAGUGAAUGGCAAUCACAGAGGGGUAGAAACACAUGAUAAUGAUGUCGCGCAGACCAGACUUGGAGACUUCGGUCUCAGACUUUUUGAGUUCUUGGUCUUGGACUGCAGAUUUUGAACUCCUUUUAAAACCAUGUCGUAGAGAAUCACUUGGAAUAGGUCCUGGACCAGGUCUUUGGAUUUGGGAUUAAAAUCCUUUUAAAACAAAUCUUUGGUCCUACUACUGAUAGCAUACAUCCAGCACCAAAACUCAAGAUUUGGACUAGUUUGGGUCGUUACUGGAUCUGUUUGUGUUUUUGGUAGGUUCCAAUUCGUGGCUCAGAGUUUGGACUCUAUAUGAAGCCCAGCAUUCUGAAAUGUCACAUGGCAGGUCUUGGUCCUGGACCAGAGACCUACAUGUGUAACCUAGAACUUUAUCGCUGCUGCACAGAGUAUUCAGGACACCCCAACUGAAUUCAGGAUAUGUAUUCAUAAGUCAUCCUCUGCUGUGCUUCAUUUGGUGCUAUCUUUUUAAGAGGGAGAGAGAUCCCACAAAUGACGAUUCUCAUGAAAUUAUUAAACUCUGUGAUAAUGUGAGUUAGGGAAUAUUUCAGAGAGGUACAGUAAGCUCAAAGUGAAACAACUAUUAAAUUGUUUGUAUCAUCACAGUUGUGUACAGUGGAGCCGUAUAGCUCCUUACGAUGAAGGAAAUUAACUUGUUAAAUUGAAAUUCUGUUAAACAAGAGCUAAAAAUCGUUACAAUACAAAGAAGUGGGAUCAGCAAAAGUUCAUUCUUGUAACUAGAGUUUGCUGUAAUAGUGUUCUUCAAAACAAGGCCCCGUUGUAGUUGCUUUUACAUGAGGGUUCUGCGAGGGCUAAUUUUCCACCAAUGAGGAUCUUGCUCAUCGUAAAGGCAGCUGUUUAAAGUUGGGUUGAACUUAUUCAUCCUGACAUAAAUGUUUCUUAGUGGAUAUGAAAAGCCUAAUAUCUUUGACUAGAGAUGCUUCAUAUUGUAAUGUUUUUUAUUGUUGUUUUUAGGUUACCGAUAACCUGUCUAUUGCAUAUUUCAUGUAAGAACAUUAGGAAUUAGCACCAAAAGCAACUGAAUUCUGUUUUUGAUUUAGAAAUGGUAGGUUUCAUCACAAAUGUCAGCCUUCGUAAAGAUACAUGUAUAGUUGAAAUAUGUUUUAAACAAAAUUCCCUUAUGCAUCAAUUAUGCAGCUGCAAAAGGUGUAAACCCCCCUCUGUGCAUUUAAUAUGUCUUUAAAAUAUGUAAUUGUCUGCUUUUGUACAUGUACAUGCUGCUUAUUUGUUUUCUUUUGAUUUAAUGUGCCAUGUCCUAAUGAUCUCUGAAAUGUUUCGUUUGCAAUUAACCUUUUAAUUUGUAUAAAAAAAAGAUUCGUCGCUAAAUCUCAUUUGUUUUUAACACCGAUAUAAUGAUUAAAUCAGAAAUUCUUUCUGCCCUUUUAGAAUUAGAUUAGCUUCUCAUAUAUGAAGACCAAACAACUCUUUAAAACUCUUUGAAAAAAUCACAAUCUGAGAAACAGACAAGAUAUUGUGGAAUAAAAAUUGAAAAAAUGCAGAUUUAAAAAUUCAAUCAUUUCUGAAAGCCAAAAUCAUACGACGCUUUGCCAGUGCCAUGAUUGAUCUGCCAAACUUAGAUCCCCAAUUAUUAAAGAUGGUUGUGUUUUCUUUGUCAUUUUUAAAGGGAAAUUGAAGUCCACAUUAUGUGGACAUACAUGUACAAUGGCCCAUAUGUUACCAAGUUUUAUGGAUUUCUGGACAAUUUGUAUUAUCUAUUAACCUACCCCAGCAUUAAGACGGAAUGACAAGAUAGAAUAAAGCCUAGAUGUGGCCGGUAAAUGUAAGGGGCAAAGUACAUGGACUUGCCUAUAAUUUCUUUAUCAAUAUUUUACCAAUAUGAUAUUACCUAGUGCCAAGUGCUACAUGACUUGCCUGCAAGGGCCAUUACAUUCAAUAUCUCUCAUUUUCCACUAAUAUGGACGGAGAAAACAGACAGUUUUGUGUUCUGAUAGAUCAUUAUUACAAUGUUGACUUUUCUCAGCCUUUCUAGCAGCGUAUUUAGUCUUAGAGAGUGGAAUCACAUGUCAAAGAUAGAUUGCUCAUAAUAUACCUACAUGUAUGUCUGUUCUCUCAUGUGUUAAUGAACUGGGUCAUUAUCCAUCCUCCAAUCGAAAUGUGAGAGAUACCCAAGUCCCACCGUCAAAUGGACUCUAAAACGUUCAAUUUUCGGCUAUUCAGUAUGAUAUAAUGUUUUGUUUGGCCUGCUGUCGAUCUCGUGUGACUGAGGUAUAGGUGCGAUGCCCAGAUGUCUUUAUGUUGUAUAUAUUUUAUUCUUCUACACCAUAUUUUUAGACUCAAACAUUUUACCUCUUAGAAAACAUUUUUUGUUUAAGUUUUAACCAAGGGUGCUGAAGAGCUGUGUUUUGUUUUGAUCCAAAGAUUGUUGACAGCAGGAAAUAUUUUUGUUCUUGAUAACAUUCUUUUUGUAGAAGGAUAUUGUUCUGUGUAUUGAAAGGAAAUAUAGAAAAUUGGACAUUUUGCAUCUGUG